UCGGCACUAUCGCCGAAAGUCCGCUCUCGAUAAACAUGCCUGAGCCAGCUAAGCCCGCCCCCAAGAAGGGAUCCAAGAAAGCGGUCACCAAGACCGCCAGCAAGCCCGGCAAGGGCAAGCGAAAGAGGGGAAGGAAGGAGAGCUACGCCAUCUACGUGUACAAGGUCCUGAAGCAGGUCCACCCGGACACCGGCAUCUCGUCCAAGGCCAUGAGCAUCAUGAACUCGUUCGUCAACGACAUCUUCGAGCGCAUCGCCUCCGAGGCCUCCCGCUUGGCGCACUACAACAAGCGCUCCACCAUCACGUCCAGGGAGAUCCAGACCGCCGUCCGCCUCCUCCUCCCCGGCGAGCUGGCCAAGCACGCCGUGUCCGAGGGCACCAAGGCCGUUACCAAGUACACCAGCUCCAAAUGAGCCCGUAUGGCUCCCUCGCAAACCAACGGCUCUUUUAAGGGCCACCCACAAUCUCUCAAGAGUAAACAUUUUUUUUUUUCCACUUUAGAUUCUAGUUAUGUUCAGACACUUAUUAGCAACUUGCAAUUGCUGGUAAAACAAGCUAUGCCCUCUUUAGCUUGUACGUCAUUAUGUAAGCAAUUAGUCCCGUGGUGAACCGUUAUAUAAUUUUGUGGAAGACUGGCUGACCCAAUGUUAAAAAACUGGUUUAUCACUGACUCCCGUUCUGGCUGUUUUAACAGCGUGCCAGGUGAUUGGCCACAGACGAUACAAACUAUAUUUGCUUCUCGUUUAACACGGAACAGUAUAAACGUUCACGCUUAUGUAUGAUAUAUAUAUGAUAUUCACAAAUUGAUAAAACAGCCAAAGGAAGGGACCUGCAAAAGACUGCACUGAUGUGACUUCAGAUGACUAUGCAGGUCCUGCGUGACUCAUCCCAACUGCGACACCGCCACAGGUGACUCAUUGUGGGUCAAAGAAGAAGCGGGGAGGCCCGCAUCUCUUGUUGGUGACGGCGAUCCGCCAGCAGAUGUUGCAAAAGGCGGCCAAGCUCACUUGCGGUGGAUCUUUUUUUUUUUUUUUUUUGCAGAAGUGGGACAGCCUUGACUAUAUCUGAAUGCGUACCAGUCGUGCAAGGCUGCUGGACGUUGCCAGGUCGGUCGGGUGACCUUUUCGCUGCAAAGGUUAUCAUCCUGCCUCGACUGCAAAAAAAAAGAACACAGUACAAGUGUGCCAGUCCCAACGACAGACGUGAAUGAAACACGCUCGCCAUCUUUGCACGGGGCAGAUGUUCCAUAUUUACUGCACUUGAAAUGAUUUCACAUUGAGCCAUGGCAGUGGUUUUUUUUUCCAAUUUGUGUGCCUUUCUUGACCCACCACAACAAUAAACACUUUGAACUGUU